AUGCAAAACCGGAGCUCGGAUGUGUCGAGCGAACUGCAAACGUUCGUGGUUUCCAGCAGUGCAAAAUUGACUACCACCAAACGACCGCAAGCUAAUUCUUCCGAUCGAUACGUGCAGGACUGCGCUGGCGAGCGGACGACGCCACAUGCAUUGAUUAGUUGUUGGAAUCGAAAAUCACGCCUAACGGAUCCGUUGGCAACCAUCGCGAGUGAGGAAUCGAAACGGGAAAUCAGUUUCGGACAUGUCACGGUGAAAGACCGCAAGUUCGACAUCGUAGCGCUGCAGGAGGUGUGUUGGAAGGGGUCUACGGUGCGGGUCUUUCGCGGGAACCACACCAUAUACCAGAGCUGCGGCAACACACACGAGCUGGGAACAGCUUUUAUGGUGGUGGGGGAGAUGCAAAAGCGUGUGAUCGGAUGGUGGCCGGUCAGCGACAGAAUGUGCAGUUUGAGGAUCAAGGGCCGGUUCUUCAAUAUCAGCAUAAUUAACGUGCAUAGUCCCCACCUCGGAAGUAGCGAUGACGGCAAAGACGAAUUCUACGCGCAGCUGGAACGUGAAUACGAUCGCUGCCCAAGACAUGACAUCAAGAUCGUCAUCGGCGAUUUCAAUGCUCAGGUUGGCCAGGAGGUGGAGUUCAGACCGGUGGUUGGAAGGUUCAGCGCCCACCAGCAAACGAACGAGAACGGCCUAAGACUCAUCGACUUUGCCACCUCCAAGAACAUGGCCAUAAAAAGCACGUUUUUCCAGCAUCGCCUCCUGCACCGAUACACCUGGAGAUCACCCAUGCAAACGGAGACACAAAUCGAUCACGUCCUGAUUGAUGGACGGCAUUUCUCGGACAUUAUCGACGUACGAACCUAUCGGGGCGCUAACAUCGACUCGGACCACUACCUUGUGAUGGUUAUGCUGCGUCCAAAACUGUCCGUUGUAAAUAACGUACGGUACCGGCGCCCGCCGCGGUAUAAUCUGGACCGACUGAGGGACACCGAGGUCGCGACUGCCUACGCGCGGCAUCUCGAAGCAGCGUUACUAGCGGAGGAGGAGCUCAAUGAUGCUCCCCUGGAGGACUGCUGGACCAGAACUAAAGCAGCCAUCAGCAAUGCUGCGGAGAGCGUCCUGGGAUACAGACGAAAGCAGCAAACUCGCCUUUUCCGGGACAAAAAGCGCCACCUGGAAGAGUCGGAGAGAGAUGAGAUGGAGAUGCUGUAUCGUUCUCAGGAUACACGGGCGUUCUACAGGAAGCUGAAUGACUCUCGCAACCGCUUCAUGCCGCGAGCCGAAAUGUGUAGAGACAAGGAAGGUGGCAUCCUGACGGACGAACCCGAAAUCCCACUUCCAAUCCGCCAGAUGACGCACCAGCCUUCGCCAAACCGACAGCAGUCCGGUGCAAUGUUGACAAGAUUUGCAUAA